UACCCCGUGAUAUCCAAAACAACACAACACUGGGGGAAACAUGGCGAGCAGAGAGGAGGCAAGAAGACGCCCCUCGGUUACCUCCUCCUCGGUUGGCCUGGAGUCUCUGUUCCCCGCAGGUUCAUCGGAGCAUGUCUGCGGGGACGAGGACCCGGAGCUCGUCCGUCUGCGGGAGCUUCUCCAGGGUUGGCUUUCGCAGUACGAGUCCCUGCUGCUAUGGCUGCAGAGGCUGUUGGUCUGGGAGAGGCCGUUGUACAGCAUCACUGUCGCCUUGACACUCAACACAUUAUUCUGGCUCCUGUCAGCCACCUGCCUGCGCCCUCUGUUCCUGUUGAGUGUGUCCCUGCUGGGAGUAAUGCUGCUGGAGAGAUGGAAGCCCACGUUGCCCAUCAUUACCAUUCAACAUGCCGACGCUCCCCCUGAACAACGUGACACAUUGAGCGGGGAACAGCGACUCCUCAGUGUUCCUGAGCUCAGCCACCACCUGGCGGAAAGCUACCUGACCUACUGCCUGUACCUUCAGGAGACGCUGCAGUACAAACGGCAGAACCAUGGAAAGUUCUGUCUGAUGAUGUGCAGUGGCUGCUUCGUUCUUGCUGUGGUUGGGCAUUAUGUGCCUGGGAUCAUGAUCUCCUAUAUCAUUGUCCUAAGCGUGUUGUUGUGGCCGCUGGUGGUGUAUCACGAACUGAUCCAGAGGAUGUACACGGGCCUGGAGCCGAUCCUGAUGAAACUGGACUACAGCAUGAAGGGAGAGACUGAGCACCGCAAGCACGACAAGAGAAAGGUGAAAAAGGAAGCGGAGGAGGGCGACGAGCCGAGGGCUGAAACAGAGAGCGAGAGUGAGGAGGAGCUGUCCUGUUUCGCCACGACGGUGGAUGCGAAGACCACAGCGCUGGCGAUGGCAAUCACAGACUCUGAGCUGUCGGAUGAAGAGGCAUCGAUCCUAGAGAGCGGAGGGUUCUCGGUGUCCAGAGCCACCACUCCUCAACUCACCGACGUCUCCGAAGACCUGGACCAACAGAGUUUGCAGAGCGAGCCGGAUGAGACCUACUUGCGGGAUCUUCCCGAGUUCCCCUCGGUCGAGGAGUUCCCCUCCAUCGAGCACACCCUGCUCCACUUCCCCCAGCGGACCACCAGCCAGGGCGAUGCAGCCCAGGCCGGGGCUCAAUCCAGCAGGGAGCCACUGAGCCCCGCCAGCCUCCUCAUCCAGCACCUGGCGUCCCCGCUCCACUUUGUGAACACACACUUCAACGGACACGGACAACCACCCGGGAGCAAGGAGGGCGGACCGCCCGGGCCAUGUGCAGCGGGGGACGCGGGGACGCAGGAGGGGGAGGAAGCUGCGGUAACCGAGGGAGCACAACAGUCCUUGGAGGCCCUGAGCGAGGAGAUAGUGAGCACAGCCAUCUCCACUGUGGUGCAGAACACUCUGUCGGCGCUGCUGCGCUCCAGCGAGGACCCCUCCAUGGCUGAGUUCCUUCCUGCCAAAAGCCCAGCAGGCACUCUGGAGACCCCCACCACGCUCACCGACACUGCGCAGGGAACAGACGAGGACCCGGAGGAGGUGGUCACGACAGGAAGCGGCACCGGCGAGGACAUGCCCGACGACACGCUAGUUCCCACCGAGGAAGAGGACUUUGAGCUACUGGACCAGAGUGAACUGGAGCAGUUUGAUGAGGGGAUGGACCCCGUGUCUGACAGACAAGCGGUGGGAGGAGCCUCAGGAGCUCCAGAGGAACCUCUAUCUCCUCCGCAUCAACCACAGUCAUAGCUUCCACCUCGCGACCUCCUUUGCCUUCCUCCUGGUCCCAAGCGUUUUUAUCUGUCCGUUAGAACUACAUUAUAUCCACACUUCUAGCUAUAUAUAAAACAUUUAUCAGAGUUUGGCCUUUAACGCAGUUGGUUGCUGAUUGUUUGGCCUACGGUUGAGAGUACUUUGCGUGUUCUGUUUAAAUCAGCCCUUAUUUACAGGGCACACGGUCUGUUCAGCCCCAGUACCAUUUGUUGUAGUUUGUUUGUGGCCCGCCUCCUAGUCUCAAGUUCAAUGAAAGCAGGUUUCGGGCAGAGCUGGCACAGUUGAACAGUUACAAAGGGAUAGCAAAGCAUCUUAGAUAUUGGUUUUGCUUGAUCAUCUAACAUUGAUAUUUGCUUGUUAAAUCAACAGGCGCAGUCAAAGACCCGGUCCGUGUUCAGUCUCGCGUCAGAAUAAUGAUGCUUUUAUUUUCCAACUUGGCUCAGAGCUUCCAGAACACUUCCCCUCCCCCCCCCCUGUGUUUGUUCAGAUGUUUGUUUAGAUGGUAUUAUGAAGAGUUUAAUUGUGGGAUAUUAUAACUAUUAAUAUAUGCUGUAAAUUAUUUAAUUUAAAUGUCAUUUGAUGAAACUUUACUAUUAAAUUGAUGGGUAGUUUUAAAAGCUUGAUGAAUCCCCUUAGUUGCCCGUGAUGAUUGUAUGAACAUUCUUUUAUAUUAUGGCACCAUGAACGUCCGGGUUUAAAAUGUAGUUUGCGUAUUCCUUGAGUUCAACUUAGUCAAAGAAUAGCCUUAUCCUUCACUUUCUCCAUACCGGCAAAGUCUCCAAAGUUAGGGUUUAAACAAAGACGUUAGUGGUCUUUCACUUGUGGCCUGGCAAUGGAAAGUAAAUGUUUGACAUUGUUGGAUGUCGACAGGUAGGAUAUCUUUACCCAUACGCACAAGUGACUUUGACGUAGCAGCAACAAAAAAGAAAAUGUUCCUGAAUUUCCUCUCUGUGAUUGAUGCCUCGUCAUUGAUAUUUCAUUUCACUUCACGUCAUACACACAUAUGUAAUGGAAUAUAUUGUUUAUCCACAACCGUGUUGAAAGACACACGCACCUCUUGUUUGUUUGGCCUGUCUAUACAUAUCCAUUGCUUGGAUAGUCGUCACUGGUGUAUAUUUAACAAAUAACGCCAUGCAUGGAUCACAUGAUACAGGUUUUGGUUUUUUGGAAGCACUUAAUUCUUUUAAUAACAAGUUAUAUCUGCUGGGAAUUUCUGAAAAACAUUUGAGCAGUCAAAAAGAAAAUUUAGCACCAAACUUGACGGUACAAAGUGGCCAAUCUUUGGCUUUGUGAACCACUCGCCAUCCGAAUCUCCGGGGUGGGUUGUAAGUAUCGAAUAUAACAUUGCAGAACGUGUCCAUUUCCCAACUUGUCGUAGUGCACUGUGUUAGUACAAACCUUUCCUUUUUCAGGCCACGCCUCCUUGUGUAUAGUGUAGAAAUGCAAAAAAAAGGAAAGUGUAUAUUCUGCAUGUAAAAACAGCACUCUGUUCAAGUUCUCCUUGUCUAUCUGACAAAGUACUGCACAAUUUGUGAGAAAAGAAAAAAAAUCUAUUUGAACGUGUCCGGUUAAAACAGCCCCAUGAAUUCAGUUUGUUAAACAUUUAAUAACCAACAAGGGGACAAAGAGUAAAGUUUUGAAGUAAACUGUAAAUGCAAAUGAUAACAUCUGAUUCAGAGAGGGAUAUUAACAGAUUAGUUUGUGUAUGUUAGUGUGUUUUAUGCUUAAAUAAUUGCUUAUUCAACUGUAAAGAAAUGCACUUACUGGACUGUACAAUUUAAAAGGAAUAUAUUUUCUAAUUUCUCCCUUUUCCAUAAAGUACUCAGUUUGAUCUUUUACAUCUAAAAACAUAACUGCUUAUGGAAGAGUUUUAUGAGGCGAAAAAGAUAUAUUGUCAUUAAAGUUCGACACCACAUCUGAAAGUGAGAGAAUAAAAGAACAAACUGAAACAAGUGA